CCCUGCGCAUGUGCCUGAACGAAAAGUUAGCUGUAGCGUGCUAUGUUGUCAUUUGACCCGGGUUAGCCUUAAAGAAAACCGCGUCCAUGUGCCACGCGUGGCCUGACAUGUCAUGUAUCUAACUUGUGAUGUCAGUUGAACUGUCGCAGGCUUUUUAUUUAUCACUAACAAAUGUGUUUACCGGUAAAUGUGAGCGACGCGACGCUAACAGCUCGUGAGUGAUGAAGCAGGGACGAAUAGUCGGAUAACCUUGAAGGAACAUUGAUAUACGGUGUUGAAUCUGCGGCUGCAGCCAAGUGGGAGCGUUCCCAAUGAGGUGCAGAGGAGCUCAGGUGUGCGUCUGGGCCCGAGGCUCGUGCCGUCCGACCCGCCUCUCCCUGCUCGGAUCUCAGCCCGGCGGGAUCUCUCUGGUCCGAACCUACAGCGCUCAACACCCGGCCGGCCCCCCGCCGCCCACUGACCCCGCCCCUCCCGAUGGGAAGGGCGGCGCCGAGGUGGUGAAGGAGCGCGCCCUGGCUGCACUGCAGUAUGCAGGCGAGCUCGGGCGGCGGUGGGGUCAGAGGUCAGCCCAGGCGGCCACCGCCUCGGCCAACCACUGGUGGGGGAGGUACGAGGAGUUUGUCGGGCUCAACGAGGUCCGCGGGGCCCAGACCCAGGUCACUGAGGCCGAGGCGGCGUUCAUGGUGGCCAGAGGGAUGGUGCGCGAGGCUCACGGCAGCCUGGAGGCCCUGCAGGUCCGGCUGAAGGAGGUCAGAGACCGGCUGGACCGGGUCUCCAGGGAGGAGGCUCACUACCUGGAGCUGGCCACGCUGGAGCACAAACUGCUGCAGGAGGAGCGUCGCCUCCGUACGGCGUACGAGAACGCCGAGGGCUCCGAGAGGGAGAAGUUCGCCCUGUUUUCGGCGGGCGUCCGCGAGAGCCACGAGAAGGAGAGGACGAGGGCGGAGCGCACCAAGAACUGGUCCGUCAUCGGCUCGGUGCUCGGAGCCCUGAUCGGGGUCAUGGGGUCCACGUACAUCAACCGGGUCCGCCUGCAGGAGCUGAAGAGUCUCCUGCUGGAGGCCCAGAAGGGUCCGGAGAGCCUGCAGGAAGCCCUGAAGGUCCAGGCCGGAAACCACCGCUCCCAGCAGGACGACCUCCGGACGCUCAUCGACAGCCUCCGGGUCGCGCUGAGCGACGCCUUCGCGCAGAGGGGCGCCGUCCUUCGGGACGCGAGGGCUCCCGCGCCGUCGGACCCGCCCACGUGGCCUCUGUCGGCCCUCAAAGACCUCCAGACCGGCAGCCAAAAGACGGAGUCCAUUCUGGAGGGUCUCCGGCCACAACUGGGACAGCUGGAGCAAGGACUCGCUGGAGUGGAGGGAGAGGUGUCGGCGGUGAGGAGGCUGCUGGAGACCAGGACGCAGGCCGAAAAGCAGGCUGCGGAGCUGCAGCUGGCAGCACCAGUGAGACCAGAGGGUCCAGAGGGUCCAGAGGGUCCAGAGAGUCCAAUGAGACCAGUGAGACCAGUGAGUCCAGAGCCAGAGGACCGGUGGGAGUCGGAGGCGGCGGUGAGGCGUCUGGAGGACACCCAGAGGACGCUGGGGGAACGAAUCAGGACAAACACUCUUUACAACGCCGCGUUCACCUACACCGCCACCGCCAUCACCAUCACCGCCGUCUACCUGCUGACCAAAGGAACUGGUUAGACUGGGAUGCCGGAGCCUCAGAACACAACGUUUACCUGUAACUUGAGUUACGGCUGCUUUUCUGAUUUAAUUCUGUGAUCUCCACAUAAACAGGAACUGAAAGUCUUUGUAUCAUUUGUUGUGCGUAUUUUAUCCUAAACUGUGAAACAUGAUAAUCAGGAUUUCUCCAAAAUUGACGCAUCAUUUUAAUGAAUUAAAUUCACAAUAGAAAACCAGAGAAAACCGGCAAAUCAUCAGAGUUGAGGCGCUGGAGCCAGACGACGUGUUUCAGCUUCAUUUCAGAGCGAGUAAUUUGUUUCCUUGUUUCCUUGUAUCCUUGUUUCCUUGUUUCCUUGUUUCCUUGUUUCCUUAAUUAGUGAUUAGUGAUAAAUCCGGAGAUCUCGUCACCUAAAGGGCCGAGCAUUCAGAAGACGGAUAUUGUUUCACACUCUACAUAUUUUACUGUUUAUUGUUGAACAAGAGAGCAAAGUAACAAUUAUUUUCAUCAUCAUCGAUUAAUUAAUUAAUUCAUAUUUUGUUGCCUUUUUUCAAGUGUUUGUUUUGUCAGAACAACGAUCUUCACAUUUUAGAGGCUGUAAUUAAAUGAACUAAAUCAUGAA